CUCUCAUAAACCAAUGGCCAACUCUUGUCUUUGCCAUUAAUUUGGGAUAUUCUCUUAACACUCACCUCACCCAUUUCUUCAACAUUAUUUUCCCCAAGAAACUAAGCCACUCCAAACUGGUAACCAGAUUCGAGUAAUUAAGAUAAAAACACAAAAUGGGUCAACGGCAAAACCAUGAUUACGAUGUUUCAAGUGGAUUUGAUAUGCAAUUGAUCGGAAAUUUUUUGAGCUUUGCAUCGAGGGGAGAUAGGGUUGGGCUGAACCAGAUGCUAAGGGGUGGAAUUUCACCGGACGUCCAAGACUAUGAUCGGAGAACUGCCUUGCAUCUCGCCGCCAGUGAAGGUCAUGCCCCUAUUGUUGAGCUACUUCUCCUUUAUAAGGCCAAUGUUAACCUCAUUGACCGAUGGAACCGUACUCCAUUAACAGAUGCAAGACUUUAUGGACAUCGAGAUAUAUGCAGAAUCCUAGAAGUAAAUGGAGGCAAAGACAUGGAUGAUAAAGAAUUCAUCAAUGAUCAGCCAACAUUGAAUGAUCAAGCUCCCAUGUUCGACAUGAACCUGAUUCAAAUGAAGUAA